UUGCCGCCAUUGCUGCAACUGGAGCUUGUUGCGGUCCCCGCGGGCUUUGGGGGGGCGACUUUUCUCUCCAGCCGUUGAGGGGCCGCUCUGAGCGCUCCGGAACUCCAGGGUCUCCGCCAGGGCUUCCCACAAAGGACCUUGCUGCUGCUCUUCAGGAAUAAUCCAGGUGGGAGAUGAGGCAGAACCUUCUGACAUCCUGUCCCCAGGAUGCGGUGACCUUCCCUGACGUGGCUGUGGUCUUCUCCCCGGAGGAGUGGCCGUGCCUGGAUGCCUCACAGAGGAAACUCUACAGAGAAGUGAUGUUGGAGACCUACCAGCACCUGCUGGCCAUAGGGACUGGGGAGUGCAGAGUGAAGCCUGCACUGAUCUCCUGGUUGGAAGGAGGAGCCCUGGGGAGGCUCCAGAGAGGCAUGUUUGUAGAAUGCAGACCAGAAGAAGUUCAGGAUUUGACAUUUCAGCAAUUAGCUUUUGGAAUAGGCUCUCCAAAUAAGAGUAAGAUGGGAAGCAGCCAUUCCCGGUGGGAUGGGAAAGAUCCUGUGCUAUCGGACAUAGUCAGGAGGAAGCCGUCCUCCCCGCACCCCAAUGGCAGUGAGGACUUGGGGGACAUCAGUUCUGGAAGGAUUCAGAAGGAAGAAAGAGUCCUUGCUAUGGAGCCACCAUCCACUGGGCACAUCAGCCCUGAGUCUGCUAUGACAAAUCCCUGCACUAAGAAAGUCCGGACAUUAAAGAAAUGUUAUGCAUGUCAGGAGUGUGGGAAGGCCUUCACUCGAGCCUCACACCUUACUAGGCACAUGAAUAUUCAUACUGGAGUGAAGCCUUAUAAAUGUGAAGAGUGUGGGAAGGCUUUCACUCGAAAUUCAGGCCUUACUUUCCACUUAAAUAUUCAUACUGGAGAGAAGCCCUAUAUAUGUAAAGAAUGUGGGAAGGCCUUCAGUCAUUCAACAAGCCUUACUAUGCACUGGAAUGUUCAUACUGGAAAGAAACCUUAUGCAUGCAAGGCAUGUGGGAAGGCCUUCAAAUUUGCCUCAGACCUUAGUAAACAUAGGAAAAGUCAUAGAGGAGAGAAGCCUUAUACAUGUAAGGAGUGUGGAAAAACCUUCACGGUUGCCUCAAGCCUUUCUAGACACAGGAAAACACAUAGUGGAGAGAGACCUUAUAUAUGUAAGGAAUGUGGGAAGUCCUUUACUCGAGCCUCAAUCCUUUCUGUGCAUAAGAAAAUUCAUAUAGGAAAGAAGUCUUAUUCAUGUCAGUAG